UGGACCCCACUCAGAGAGCCCUCUACUGGGAUGUCAUGCAGGAGAACUAUGAGACUGUGACCUCGCUGGGCCAGAGAAUAACAUCCAUGUUUCGCUGCAGAUCAUCUCGUCCUCCCAGGGGCAAGGAAAUGGCUGCAAUGGAGCUGGCUCAGGGGCCGGUGACCUUCGAGGAGGUGGCUGUGUAUUUCUCCAGGGAAGAGGGGACUCUGCUGGACCCCACUCAGAGAGCCCUCUACAGAGAUGUCAUGCAGGGGAACUAUGAGACGAUGGUCUUGCUGGGUAAGGAUUCCUGUCCCUUCUGUUCUUGGAAGGGGAAAUGAAAAGUGAAGGUUCAUGCCACCCCCACAAUGCCAUCUGUACCCUGUCCUGUUUCAGCAUCACCCCAAUAGGCCAGUAACA